GAGUGGUAGUGCUUAAGUGGAGUGAAGGAGGGUGAAGUGAAAGAUAAUGGGACACAGCCGCUUCUCCAGUUAAAUAUAUUUUGAUGGUGGUGUCGUCAUCACGUGUGUCGUACUUUCAGAGUUGAAAGUUCAGACCGUGAUGAGUUGGCCCUGAAAAUAGGAAGUAACAGUGUUUCUAUUUGGAAGAAAGGGAAAAAGAAAUAUUUAGUGCUUUGGAAAGCUAGCUCUCUUUUCUGGAGGAUCUGGUGUGUGUAAAGAAAAGCCGUCUGUGGUCAACAUGAGUCUCCAGUGGACUGCCGUGGCCGCCUUCCUGUACGCAGAGGUGUUCUUUGUGCUGCUACUCUGUAUCCCCUUCAUCUCCCCCCAGAGAUGGAGCAAGAUCUUCAAGUCUCGCUUGGUGAAGGCCAUCAAGACGUAUGGGAACACCGUCUUCAUGGUUGCCAUGGGGAUCCUGGUCUUCCUGCUAAUUGAUGCGGUCCGGGAGGUGAGGAAGUACAGUGUGCAGGACACAGUGGACCUCAGCAACAACCCCUCAGCUGUGGAGCACAUUCACAUGAAACUCUUCAGAGCGCAGCGGAACGAGUACAUCGCCGGAUUCGCCCUGCUGCUCUGCCUGCUGCUGAGGCGGCUCGCCACCCUCCUGUCCCAACAGGCCACCAUGAUCGCGUCCAACGAGGCCUUCAAGAAGCAGGCGGAGGGCGCCAGCGACGCCGCCAAGCGCUACAUGGAGGAGAACGAGAAGCUCCAGGAGAAACUGAGAGAGGCUGGGAUCGAUAUUCCUGAGGUCGGGAAGAAAGCUGAUGUAAGCCUGGAGGAGGAGAACAAGUCCCUGAAGGCCGAGAUGAAGAAGCUGAAGGAUGAGCUUGAGGCUACCAGGAAAGUCCUGCAGAAGUCUGAUAGUGAUGUGAAGGCCAUGAAGAAGCAGGCAGAGAACCUGACCGUGGAGUAUGAUCGCCUACUGGAUGAGCACGCCAAGCUGCAGGCAAGUGUGGAUGACCAACCACGCGAGAAGAAGACAGACUGAGGUGGACGCCCAGUGUUCAGUGACCCAGAGUUCUCCACACCGAUUACCUGCCCGCACCUGCACAAGUCUGGAUCCUCAAGACGCACGCUCAUUCCUGAUUAGGGUCUUUUGGGGAAAGCCCUAGUCCGAUUGGCUUGAGUCCAUUAUGCGCACUUCCUAUUAGCUCAAACACAUUAUGUACACUGACUAUUGGCUUGAACACAUUAUUUACACUUCCUAUUGGCUGAAACCCAUUAUGCACAUUUUCCAGUCGAGCGUAGGAGAGUAGGGAAAAUGACUACCUUCCGUUCUCUUUGGCAGAAAUUUCAGCCCUGUUCUGUUCUGAUGUUCUCAAAGCCGCAAGGUAUUCAAAAACCGAAAUUUAGAAAUAGAAAGUUUGUCUCUCGUCUCCUCUUUGAGUUAACAGAAUUUUAUCUGAAGAAUAUAUUUUGAAAUUGGGAGAGAGGUUCUUUCUUCGGUUUCUUGACCAAUUGCAUGUAAUUUUUCGUUUUCUGUUUUUUUUUCUGUAAACUGGUUAUUUUUUUAAGUGUGACCAUACAGGGACCAUAGUUGGCGUCUGCUCUCUCCUCUCUCAUGACCGGAGAUGUUUUGAUCCAGUUUUAGUGUAGAGUGUCCAGCUGCUUCUGCUGCUAAUAGCACCUGUGUUAUGUAAUCCUGUGCCUCUGCAACCCAGCACUGGCAUCCAUUACAUUCUGCUAAACGACACUGUAGAGGGUUUGUUUGUGAUGCCUGGACAUCCUGAAACUGGCAUUGAUCUACAUAAGAUGUUAUUUUGCCACCAUCAUGGCAUACAUCUGGAAAAAAUAAAUAAUAAUAAAAAAAAUAAACGGUCCAUAUUCAGCACUGUAAUGUAGUGUAGAAUGUUGCCUUUUUACAGUGGGGUGUGGGGUGUAGCCAUUGCUGGUAUUUCUUUCAUGCUGUUGGGAUAGUUCAAUGCUUUUUUUUUGUUGUUUUUCUUUUCCCUUGCUUUUUUUUUUUGUUGCUUUAUAUAUUGUAAAAAAAAAAAAUCUUGGACAUGACAUACAAUUGUUUUGUUGUAUUUGGAUUAAUUACCAGAAAAUUGAGAAGAUCAAAGUAUGAAAUGAAUUGCUUCUUUAAUGAUUGACUGACUUUUUAUUCAGCUCGUUAUAGAUAGUCGCCUCUGCGCAACACUAUCUAAGCGUUUGAUAUCGGUUCAUCAUUAGGGAAAUGAUUACACCUGUUGUUCCAGGAAGCCCCCGUUUACCUGUCCUUGUACUGAUGUAUGUUCUCUGAUCACAUGUUCGAGGGCCUGACUGUACUCUGAAACCAAAGCGCGUUUCAUGUGUCUGAACGGAGAUGUACUGGUUUAAAAUCUCUGAGCCUGCAUAAUCCAAUAUGGGCCAUGUCACGCUGUAAAUCAGAAUUUAAUUGCCGUCCCUGGAUAAGGAAACCCGACGCGCAUCCUCAGAGGCUGACGUUACAUUUCAGAACCCGUUACAGGUCCAGCUGGCACCCUGGUUCUGAAAUGGAGCCCGUCCAGUCCAAUGUUUCUUGUACGGAAAAGUUGGCUAUUCUGUUUUGAGGUUCAGUGCAUGUCAAAAUAAAAAAACUUACAAUAUUGAAA